GAGAAAAAAGCGUUCAUACCAUUUUUUAGUUUUCGGUCAUUUUCGGUGAUAUACCAUUUUAACUGUACACAGGCAGCCUUUGCAAAUAUUAAAAAUAAUAAUUUUUAACAAAUUAUGGCUGAGACAUCAAACAGAAAUCGCAGUCGCCGAGUUCACGAGGAUUCAUCUAGUGAUAUUUCGACACUUCAGAACUCAGUAGACAAAAAAGCCCUUCUGAAACUACUGGGCUUCGUAACACUCGCUGUUUCAUCGGUAGCAUCUGUAGGGACCUCCAUCUUCAGUGUGAAGAAGACUGCGGAUAUUUCGGAUGACAUGUCCAGUCAAAAACAGGCGUUGCCGGAUGCAAAGCAAUUGGACCAGAUGAUUGCAGCUCAACAGAAAACGAUUACCAACGAGAAUGCACUGUGGAAUGCAUUCGUGUUGGACUCGGGUGCCAUGGACUUCGGACCCCCAGUGGAGGGGUUCCAGUUCUCGGCGGGGAAAUCUCACUCGGACCACCAGUGGGGAGACUACAAUCAGUUCUGCAAAUUGCUAAAUGGGACGCUUGCCUCGCCCUUCAACAAGGAACAGUUCAUCGCAAUGAGUGUUGCCGCUUCCAAAAAAGGACACUGCUUCAUCGGAGCAUCCAGGCAGAACAACGGAGCAGACUGGAAAUCGCCCGACAACAUAGUCGUCUCUCUGACCAACUAUUGGGCGCCAAAGGAACCCAGUGGUAACUUUACGUAUCUCUGUGCCUAUCUCUUCAACGAUGGCAAGAACUCUUUUCUCUAUUCAUCUUCUUGUGAUGGGACUCACCCAAAAGGCAUCAACUGUUUCCUAUGUUCAAAGCGGACAAAUUAGCGCUGUAAUACACCACUAACAUAAUGCUCUGUAUUUUGAAUGUUGAACCAAUAAAUUUCUUCCUCUUGCUCGAUACAGCAAACUCUGUUUGCACAUUUUGGGCAAAAUGGACAUCUCUAUUUUCAGAUCUUGACUUACUGAUCUGUGUUUGUGGGUUGCGAAUUGCGCAAUAACUACAUACGAAGUAAUUUUACACAAAAUCAAUGAUUUGAAAAAAAACAAAGGACUUUUUCACUGUUUGAAAUCAAUUUUGGGUCGCCUAUGUUGCAAAUAUAUUGGACUGCAUAAUUUUUAGUUGUGUAAAAAAGCAUCGUAUUUGUAUUGCAUAUAGUUAGCGGGCUUCAAACUUCAGCAAUUUACCCAAUAAUAAUAAUAAUAGUAAUAAUAAUAAGAUUGAAUAAAACCCCCAAGGCAGGGAUUGGUUGUUUUUAGUCAUUGAUAACAGAGUUAGUAAAAUAAAUCUAAAAACCAUGACUCUGGAUAAAUCGAGUAUUUAAAUGUUUGUAGUUUGUCAACCAAUAACAGGUUCAAAUUUUUUCUAAAGAUUACAGGUUCUUGAAAACAAACAGCCAUAACGAAUCGUUGUGAUAAAUAGUUGCUGUUUUUAUGUUUUAAGGAUCGAAUUAGGUUAUUACAUUUAUUCAAGUCUUGCGUUUUUCCUUUGCCAAUUUCAUUUUUAAAUCCUUCCAAAAUUUAUGAGUUCAUUAUUAGCCUUUUUGUCGCUAUAUUGGCUGUGCUUUGUUACGUGAUGAGCCGCUGAUUUGAAUUCCCUGAAUGUAAAUACUCCCAUUUCAAUGAAAGAGUUUGCAGACUGUAAGGUCCAACAAUUUUGUGUCAAGUCUAUAUGCGGUCAUAUGCAUAUUACCCACACCCCAAACUUCUCAAUUUCUGAUUAAAAUUUAGAGCUGUAACCUUUUAACUUCAAUUUCUUUUUCACAUCAGCGCCGUUUGUAAAAAGUGUUUUAUUCACAGUUCUUGUAUUUGAUCGUUAAACUGAGUGUUUAUUAAAAUUUUCAUUUCACCCUUGAAGCUGCGCUUGUUCUAUCGUUAAUUUUUACCCGAUUUUCUGAUAGAUAUUGUUGACCAAUCUCUCCAAAUCAUUAACUCAUAUCCAAAUCUCAGGAUAAGUUUUUCUUUGCAUUUAUGCUCUGGGAUGGCGUUUAGGAAAUAAGACGACAAGCAAAUUAGACAAUCAUAAAAUAACGGAAUUUAGACGAUAACAACUUGCGUGCAAAUUUCGUGAAAUUCGUUGACACAUAAAUUAACUACUCGCUGAGUAAAUACUGGUUGCCCAAACACAAAUGAAGUACUCAA